GCAGUCAGUCUCUCGCAGUGUGAAGUGAAAGCAGUUGUUGCAACAUGGCGAGGGAACAGCUCUGUAAGCUAUUUGUUGGCGGGCUCAGCUUCGAAACGGUGGAGGGGAACCUGCGGAACCAUUUUGAGCAGUGGGGGAAGCUAACUGACUGUGUUGUCGUACAAGAUACGAUCACCCGGCGCCCCCGAGGCUUCGGCUUUGUCACAUAUUCUUCGCCGAGCGAGGCGGAUGCUGCAAUGGCUGCUAGGCCUCAUGUCUUAGAUGGCCGCACGGUGGAUCUGAAACGAGCUGUGCCAAGGGAAGACUCCAACAAACCUGGCUUCAACAUGAAGGUAAAGAAGAUCUUUGUUGGCGGUAUAAAAGAGAACCUUGGCGAGAAUGAUUUACAAAGCUACUUCUCAGACUAUGGUAUGAUUGAGAAAGUAGAUGUGAUCUGUGACCGAGAGACUGGCAAGAAAAGAGGCUUUGCCUUUGUGUACUUCGAUGACCAUGAUUCUGUUGAUAAAGCGGUAAUACAGAAGUACCACAUGAUUAAUGGCUACCGGUGUGAAGUCAAGAAAGGUUUGUCGAAGGAGGAGAUGCAGAGCGGAACUAGACCUCGAGGCCGAGCUGGCAACUUUAGCCAGCGAAACGGUCGGAGUAAUGGCAAUUUUGGAAACGCGGCCGGGUAUGGCGGCGGAGGCAGCUACUACAAUGAUAGAGGAAAUCGAGGCGACGUCUAUGGUGGUUAUGGUGAUGGGGGGUAUCCUCGGCGUGAUCGUUCUUUCUCGGGAGGCAGCUACGGUGAUCGAAUUCGGGAUUACGGCUUUGGGAGCUAUGGUGGAGGAGAAAGAGGAGGAUACAAUAAUGACCAUUUCGAUGACAUGUAUGACAACUUUGGGAGUUACUCCCCUGAGCAGUCCAACUAUGGUCCCAUGAGAGGAGGGGGUGGUAUGGAGAAAUAUGCUGGACCCUACAGGGGAGAUUACGGUGUUAGUAAUAGAAGCAGAGCCAGAGAUUAUGGAGGAUAUGCCUUUUAGUUCUUCUUGGGGUGGGGUUGGGUGAGGGGUAAAAAAUGGGGGGGGGGUUGCGUAGCUACAAAAUGUACACGAGUAAUGCAUACCAAGAAAUCUGCAUUCUUUUUUGUUUUAACUUUUUUCAUAAUAAACUACAUUGAAUUUAUCUCCUUUUUUGUCUGUAGUGUCUCUUUCUGGGGUGCAAUACUUGAAGAUGCUGAGGGUUUUAACUUUUUUUUGUCUGUAGCAAUUUGAUUGUGUUUCCUGUUCUUUGUGUAUUUUAUUAUACUCCAUAACUUGUUCCCAGGCACACUGAAGAAUAAACGUAGUUGUCACCUUUUUUAAAAAAAGUACAGAUUUGUUGGUUUAGGUGGAGUUGAUCCAUUGAUAAGGCUAUGGGAUAGAGAAGAUAAUUUGUCAAUACAAGUAAUUCCAGUUUUAACUUUCUGGAGGUGGUGGUUGUGGAAUUUUAGCUUUGCACAUUUGCAGUGCUGAAACUUUUUAAUGUUCUUUAGGCCUAAUUGUACUUUUUUCCUAUUGCAACUACUAUUGUUGACUUUGUUCUGAUUUCUCUUUUGAAGGGUGUGCAUGUUUGUUUUUGUGUGACCUUUCAUCCAGUUUUUUUGAGGUUUGACACUAGCCCCUGUUAAGUACUUUACAAACUCCUUGUGCCUGACUGUAUUGCUUUAAAGUGAGACUUCACAAUAUAUUGAUGCAGACUACUGGAUUGUCUGCUUCCCACAAAAGAAAUUUCAAUUAAAUUAUUUCAAAAAGCUUCCGAUGCACAAUACUGAAGAUUUGAAAUGAACAAGGUGCUGGCAAAACUAUGUAGCUCUGUCAGCAUCUGACACAAGUUAACAUGUCAAAUCCAAUAUGACCUUUCCUAGUAGACUUGAAAUAUUAACUACUUCUCUACAGAUGUUGCCAAACCUUUCUUGCUCAAGCAUUUCCUGUUUCAAUUGAAACCUUCCUGGGUACAACCUGCAACUUAAUUCUAUCUGUUCAACUUGUGUUGCUGAGACUUAGUAUUGGUUUUAAGUAAAUGUACAGUACUUCCAGUGAUCGCUAAGUUAAGAUUUGAGAUGUAGGGACGAAAUUGGAGAUUACUGGAAUUUAAAUUUUAUACUGACAGUUAGCCUUGCAGCCCCAUGAGCCUCUUCAGCCAUUCAAUCAGAUCAUGGCUGAUCUGUGGCUUAACUGUACAUAUGUGCCUUUGGCCCAUAUCCCUUUUGCUGAACAAAAAUUUAUCAGCCUCAUUUAAAAUUAACAAGUGAUCUAGUAUAACAGCAGUUUUAGGAAGUGUCUUAACCUAAAGUCUGCAGAAAACAGGCUUCAUUUGUAUGAUCCAAAAAUCCAGGUAUUUUUCUUGUUGUACCUUGUACAUUUUUUUUCCCUCGGUGUGGUACCCAGAUCUUCUCUCAGUACUCUAAAUGGAAUCUAAUUUGGGUUUUCUUCAGCUGCAGCAUAACGUCUGCAUCCCAUACUCCAAACAUAAUUUAAAGUUCUUAUAGGCUGCACAGGUCAGCAUUCUCUCAAAUUUACGAGUGAACACAGAGUCUUUUGAUUUGUUACUUCAUAUAAACCAAACAAGUAGUUACUGGGUAACUUUCAGUAAAAACAACAGUUAAGCCUUAUUCCCUGCAUAUUUCUGCUUCAGAAAGUUCCUUUAAGCUAAGACAUUGCAGUCAACCUUGUCUGCAAAACCUGAUUUUGGCUCCUAGCUCUCCUUGGCUAUAUAAAUCAGCACAACAAUUCACUUGCUUUUGAGUGUGCUGCAUGUUUAAGUUUGAGUUAGGAUAUUGGGUUGGCGUAGAGGGUCUGGCAGAAAUCAAGACUUGAGAAUUAUGUAAAGAAAAUUUCCAACUCUAAUGGAAAUAACAAUUUGAGCAAACUUACAUAUUGGGUGCUCUCAAAAGGCUUUGCUGCAGCCUGCACCCUUUUCACUUGUCACUGGUUGUUAAAAAUAAAAUUGCUUUAGAAUAUUCAGCUUCAGCAAUGAAAUUUUGACUAAUGUACAAAUUAGGUGACGCCUACCAGUUGAAAAGGGUUAAGAGAAUCUGAAUUCCUAGUUGGCUUUUUGAUCACUGAAGUUUUGACUCUGGAAACAUUGUUCUCUUGUAGUUCCAUAUGUUCAAGGUCAUCACAUUGGGUAAGUACAUAAUUGUACUCAACCAGUUCUCAAGACAGCUUCGAUAUUUUGAAGCAAAGUAGAUAAAUGAUUUGGACUUAUAGAAAGUUUACAAUAGCAAAAGUUCUUAUACUAAAAUGGGGUGAAUGGGAGAUAGAAUGAUAAGUCACUGAUUAAAACUAAGAAUUUGCAGUUUAACAUGGAGCUUUGCCUUCAUAUAAAAUGCACUGCAAUUAAUGAUCACUGAGGGUCUUCUGCUUAAUUGUACUCCAGUUCAAGUGUAGUGAUGUGGGAGCCAUUUUUAUAUUUAACAAGACUCUACCAAUAACGUAGGAUGAAUGAUUUGUGCUUAUUUAUAAAACAAAAUGUUGGCCAAGAUAACUACUGCUUGCAUUUUAUAUAGAACUUUUUUUACCUUGAUUAUCACGGCCAUAAAGGAAGAACAUGGAUACAGUAUUAGGAAGAGUCUUGGUCAGAGAUGGUUUCUAAGGCGAGAAUUCCAGAAUGUGGGGCCUAGAUUCCUGAAGGUUAUCCCUGCCAAUAGUAGGGUGAAGAGCGAGAUGCAACAGAGGAGUCUCCCUGUCUGACCAAAUAGUAUCAACGAACCUUUAACUCACCUACACCAGAGGAUUGGGAGGACAGGCCUAACAUCUGAAGGACAGGUUUGAUGAACUUGGAUAUUCAUUAGGAUUAUGGUUUUCUAUCUAUCUAGUAACACUUUCUAGUUACCUAUUAAAUUACUACAUUUUUCAGAAUUAGAAAUCAAAUUGCUUGUGAUUUCUUUGAAUGAUACCUGCCAAUUCUCAUGUUUGUUUUAGUCGUAUUGGACCAUGCACUUUGCCUAGUCUCUAUAUUAUAGGAAGUGAAGUGCAAAUAUUAAGUUGCUUUCUACUCGUUUUUCAUCUGUUUCAUUUUGAGCGGGAGUAUGUUGAACUGACCCUUGACCUUUUACAUCCCAGUAAUGUAAGUCUUUUGUUGUUCCGGUGAGAUCAAGACCUUAUCCUAUAGAUAGAAUGUUAAGACUUUAAAAAACCCUCUAAAUAAUGUUGUUGUUAAUGUCACAUUUUUAGUGAAGUAGUGGUUGAUUGUUUUUGCACUUUUUUCUAAGUCACUAACUGCACACUCUUCUCUUAUGCAGCCCUCAAGCAGGAGUGAACAAUGUUUGGGUCUCCGCUUCUCAUCACCUGUCACCAAUGAUGUCUGCCAGACUGAUAAAGGAUGAGCUUCUCCAGGAUGAAAGUUCAAGGAAUGAGAAUAUCACUUCAUUUUACUGGUUUUGGUAAUCUAGAUCUAAUUUUCUCUGUAAAAGUGUAAAUAUUUUAAUGGAAAGAUGUGAUUCAAAGAAAACUGAUGUUUAAACUCCAGUGAUUUUAAAAUUGAAGGUGGAGAAACUGCAAAACCAAAACUGAAAUGAAGGUCAUGAUGGUGAUAGCAUACCUGACCUGAAGUGUUAGUCAACCAGUGCAUGAAGCUUGGUGAAUCUAAGCUCAAUUAAAAGUUUAUUUUAGCAUUAUGUUGCUUUUAAAACUGUAAAUUUCUGACGUAUGUUUUACUAAUGAAUACGUGGGUGAUCUUUUUAUCUUGAAAAUGUGGGCUCUAAGGGAUCAGAAGAUCACUAUAGUCUGACCAGUUCUAAAGUUUUUUUAAGUACUUUUUUUAUUUGUCAAGAUGUUUGAUUUGUUUUCUCUUGCAUCCUGUGUUGUGCCUCCACUGAAAUCUUCACACUGUCACUCUGCAUAGGAAAAUCUAAUUUGUAAUCUAAUCUAAUUUCUAAAGUGGCACUGUACUUCCUUGUGGAAUGUCUGGCAGGUAGUGAUUUUGGUGUAUCUAGUCUUAAGGGUCUAGUACACAUCUCUGCAAGUUAUAACUGGAACUUUUAUUGUAUUAUGGAAGAAUAAAACUGAUCUCUUGCACACAA